UUCACAAACGCCAAACGGCGGCGCAUGAGCCUCGGGACGACCCGUCGCCAAGGGUGAAGGCUGAGAAGCAGGAGACAGCAAUGGCCGCCGGUUCUUGCCCUCUCCUCCCCGAGGUCCCCUGGAGUCGUUUCGUCGUGGUGGGAGGGGGCAUCGCCGGAGUAACGUGUGCGGAGCGGCUGGCUACAGAGUUUCCCUCUGAUGACAUUGUAUUAGUCACAGCAUCUCCUGUUAUAAAAGCAGUUGUGAACUUCAAGCAGGUCUCCAGAACUUUAGAAGAAUUUGAUGUUGAGGAACAAGCAAGCAGCGUCUUGCAAAAGCGCUGCCCUAACAUUAAGGUUAUACAGUCUCCUGUAAAACGGUUGAAAAGUGAAGAACAUAAAAUCAUUACAGAGGACGGCAAGGAGUAUGCCUACAAAAAGCUUUGCCUUUGUGCUGGAGCCAAACCAAAACUGAUUGCUGAGGGAAACCCAUUCGUGUUGGGAAUUCGAGAUACAGAUAGUGCUGCGGAGUUCCAGAAACGUCUAGGGAAAGCUGAAAGAAUAAUUAUUGUGGGAAAUGGUGGUAUUGCACUUGAAUUAGUGUAUGAAAUUCAAGGUUGUGAAGUGAUUUGGGCCAUCAAAGAUAAAGCAAUUGGGAAUACUUUCUUUGAUGCAGGAGCAGCUGAAUUUUUGAUUCCAAAGCUAAGUGCGGAGAAGCCCGAAGUUCCGCUUGUUUGUAAAAGAACAAAAUACACAACAGCAGAAAGUAAAAAGGAAGAAGCAGACACACCAGGCCCUGGACAAAUUGGCAGUGCUUUGGGCCCUGACUGGCACGAAGGCUUGCAACUUAAGGGAGCAAAAAAGCUUUCCCAUAAAGUUCAUAUUGAAAAUCUGUGUGAAAUAAAGAAGAUCUACCUCUGGGAGGAAUUCCACAAGUCAGGGAAGGUGUCCUUGGCUUUCCCCAAAGCUCAGCAAGACAAGGAGGUUAUGGAAACAGAAGAAGAGCCUUGGCCUGUAUAUGUGGAAUUAACCAAUGGGAGGAUCUAUGGCUGCAACUUCAUUGUUAGUGCAACCGGAGUUGUCCCAAAUGUCCAGCCAUUCCUUGAUGGUAAUAAGUUUGCUAUAGGUGAAGAUGGAGGUCUACAAGUGGACAAGUUCAUGCACACAUCACUGCCAGAUGUCUAUGCAGCAGGAGACAUCUGCACAACAUCAUGGAAGCCCAGUCCUUUUUGGCAGCAGAUGAGACUGUGGACCCAAGCUAGGCAGAUGGGCUGGUACACUGCAAAAUGUAUGGCCGCUGACACGCUAGGGGAACCUACUGACAUGGACUUCAGCUUUGAACUCUUUGCUCAUGUUACAAAAUUUUUCAACUACAAGGUGGUGCUGCUAGGAAAAUAUAAUGCUCAAGGACUGGGUUCAGACCAUGAAUUGAUGUUACGAUGCACCAAAGGACUGGAGUAUGUCAAAGUUGUGAUGCAGAAUGGACGAAUGCUGGGAGCAGUUCUGAUUGGAGAAACGGACCUGGAAGAAACCUUUGAGAACUUGAUUCUAAAUCAGAUGGAUCUUUCACGCUACGGGGAGGACCUCUUGGAUCCAAAUAUUGACAUCGAGGAUUAUUUCGACUGAAUUUCUGAAAAUAGCAUCUGUGGUUUAUUUGGUUAGCAGAAAGAGCUUUUCCAUCAAAAGGGAAGGGCCAUUGCUGUAGACCAAAAGAACUGGGCACUGAACAGUUGGAAUGUAAAGUGCCUUAUCUUGUAAAGCAGUUCCAAAACGGUCUUCCAAACAAUGAGGAGGAAAUGGAACCCAAGACUUCCAUCAGCACAUGGUUUUCCCAAUGGUUGAAGGGCUGCUUCAGCCAAAACACAAGGAAUACUCUCUGGAAAGAUGUGAAACCCGUGCUGCUCUAUUGGAUCCAACAUUUCCUGCGAAGAGCAAUCGAAUACUACAUCAUGCCCUUUUUAAAACAUUAUAUUCCAUGGCUUUGGCAUUGACAUGAUGACUAUGAAGGCGAUACCCAUUUAUAUCCCUUGAUCGAGAUACAAAGUGGCUGUCAGCAUGAAAAGAUAACACCAUUAAUAACCAUUGCAAGGAAAUAUGUUAAUAAUCUAUUAAAAAGAAAUCAAAAAGAGAAGAUACACCUUUUUCCUAAAA